AUGCUUCAUAUCUGCACUCAAGAAUCAGAGUCUUCACAGAAGAUAAAACAUAACAAUUAUGAGACAGCUGUCCUAGGAAGAAAUGUGACCAUCUUCUGCAACUUGACAAGUCUGGCAAAUGUUCUGCAAGUUACCUGGCAGAAAAUCCAAGGCUCCUUGCAUGAAAACAUUGGCACUUACAGCCAUAAAUAUGGAGAAAACAUUCUUCCACCAUAUGUAAACAGGCUGCAAUGCAAUAUCCUGGAACCCAAUGCCUCCUUCAUAACUAUCCAAGAAUUGACAUUCGAAGAUGAAGCCUGCUACAAGUGUCUGUUUAACACUUUUCCAGAUGGCAGCUAUGGAGAACAAACCUGUCUUAACAUUCUAACUGUAUCUCAAUUAAUAACUGAACUCCAUUCUGUUCCUGGCUCUGAAGAUCUCCUUAACCUUCAUUGUUCAGCUGUGGGAAAGCCUGCUCCUGGAAUCUCCAUUUACCCUUCCCAAGACCUAGUGUACUCACAAGAGGAGUUAUUUACUAAGAACCCAAAUACCACAGUGACCAUCACUAAAAUAUACAACAUCUCUUUGAAAACUGUGAGGUCAUUGGGUCUUCAUGAUGUAGUUGUGUGCAUGACUCACCCCCUAAGAUAUGAAGAGAAGAUAGUUCCUCUGCCAAUAAAUCAAGAAGGUACCAAGAAUCAUCCUUUAGAGUGGCAGAACACUGCAGUUGUAUUCAUUAUUCUCUUUUUUAUUUCAUGUAUCAUCAUUGCUACUGUUCUCUAUUUUAAAGUAAAAAAGAAAAGGUCAGAAAACACCCCUGAACCAUCAUCAGCACAGAUGCCCAACCCUUUAUCAACACUGGUGCCCACACCAUCAUCAACAGAGACUGAGAACUUAGUGAAUCAACAUCACCAGACAAAGACAUAA